AUGAGGUCUAUGUUAAUGGCCCACCAGCCUGACUCCCCUUUAGAGGAGGCAGGGGUAUCUGACCCUCCAAUGCCCCAUCUCACGCUGGAGGAGGAUACACUCUCCCUGGCAGCCUCACCCACUCAUUUUCAUGAGUAUGGGGAAGACGCAGAAGGCAGUGCAUCCCAGGUGUCUGAUCCAGGCUCCUAUUCCUCUGGCCAGAGCUCCCGAACAGAGACGGGAGAUCACUCUAUGCGCACAGUUAUGCGCAUGGCCUUGGAGCGCCAAAACUUGAAUGUCUUACAGGUGGAAGACAUAGUAGUUCCUCAGGGAACUACAGGCUAG